ACGAGUGAACGGUCGGAAACGUCAAUAACAGACCGCAGACCGAGAGCGCAAAUUAAAAACCGGACAAUGGCCUAGGUUAGUGCGUGCGACAAUUGCAUACGACGUGGGAACGGGACGAGUCGAUCGUGUUUGUUGUGUACGACGUUCGUUUUAGAAGGGUGUGUUGCCGCGAUGGCCGAUCUGAUACGCACAGGAAGUCAACAAGGUGCUGGCGUGAUGAAGGAUAAGCUGGGCUCGCCGUCGACGGGCAGCGAGGACGGGAACGAGCAGGAUGCCCAGGGUCCGGCGAAGCCGGAACACGAGGAACAGGACUUGGGGGACUCGGCGCACUAUGCGCCCUCGGAGACGCUGUGGUACCACGGCAGGCUCGACAGAUAUCAGGCGGAGGAGCGGCUGUGGCAAUGCAACAAGCUGGGGUGUUAUUUGGUGAGGGAGAGCGACCGCAAACCGGGCUCCUAUGUACUGUCUUACUUGGGACGGACAGGCAUGAACCAUUUCAGGAUAACGGCGGUGUGUGGCGACUUUUACAUUGGAGGCAGACAGUUCGUCUCUCUGAAUGAUUUAGUGGGGUAUUACACGGAAUGUAGUGACUUGCUGAAGAGGGAACGGUUGGUGAUCCCUGUGGCACCUCCAGAACCAGUGAAUGAUAAAAAGAGGGUGGUGGCCAUUCUGCCCUACACAAAGAUGCCGGACACCGACGAGCUGACGUUCAAAAAGGGCGACAUAUUCUUCGUGCACAACGACAUGGGCAACGGCUGGUUGUGGGUGACCGCCCAUCGUACGGGCGAGCAGGGCAUGAUAUUCCGUGAACUGGUCGAAGACUUGGACGACAGCAUCGAUCCGAACACCGUCUUCCCGUGGUUCCACCCUAACUGCACCAAAAACGAGGCGGUGGACCUGCUUGUCAAGGCUGGACCGGGCAGUUUCCUGGUCAGGCCUAGCGACAACUCGCCGGGCGAUUAUUCGUUGUUCUUCCACAUUAACAAUCAAAUUCAACGAUUCAGAAUCGAAAAGAAGGGUGUCAGGUAUCUGAUGGGUGGGAGGAUAUUUGAAUGUUUAGAUGCUGUGAUCAAUAGAUAUAGAAAGGAGCAAAUCGUCGAGGGAUACACUCUACAACACCCGUUGGUGGUGGACGGAAGCAAGCAAUUGGACUGGGUGCCAGAGAACCAAAAGGCGAAAUGCGAGGCCGAGAAGAUCUACGCCACACUGCGCGAGUGCCGCGACCAGGCCGGUCUCAAGAAGAUGCGUGGCAUCAAGCACCAGGGCUACCUGCACCGCAAGUCGGACAAGGCGGCCAAAAAGUGGAAGCUCCUGUACUUCGUACUACUGGUGGACGGCACCGACACCCACCUGUACUUGUACGAGAACCCGAAACGCACCAAGCCGAAGGGAUUGAUCGACUUGUCAUGCGCGUACCUGUAUCAGGUGCACGACAGCCUGUGGGAGCGCUCCCACUGUCUCCAGCUGGUGGAGCGGGCCCUACCGUGCCUAGCCACCGUCACCCACUUGGCUGCACGCUCCACCGAGGAGUGCCAGGAGUGGGUGAACUCGCUGAAGCCGCUGUGCGUGCCGCAACUGAGCCGCGCCACCUGCAAGGUGCCUCGGCUGAGGGAGCUGCGCUGUCUGACGUUGCACAUCUUGGACGCGCAUCGGCUGCCUUUCAAGCUGGUGCCGCAGCCGUACGUCACCAUACAGCUGAACAAUCAGGUCAGGAUUGCCCGCACCCGCACCAAGUCCGGCCCCGACCCAGUCUGGGACGAGGAGUUCGUUUUCGACGACGUGCCAUGUGAUAUUGUUUCGUUUACUCUAACUGUACAUAACAAGGGGAAACGUGGGAAAGAAACCGAAGUGGCCGAGCUGCACGUGGAACUGUCCACCUUAGGCAACGGCGAGGAACGGGAAGAGUGGUACACACUGUCCGGCCUCACACCCAUGGGUGAAUGGGGCUCACUUAGACUAAGAACUAGAUAUUUACACGACUUGGUGAUGCCGGCUGAAGAGUACAGCCCGUUGCAACAAUUGUUAUUGGAACCGGGGCUGGCGUCGGUGAAAACCUUGGCGGAAAUUUGCCAUGCGGACAGGGCGCCGCUGGCCACCGCCCUGUUGAGAGUCUUCCGGGCUGAGGGACGGGAAACUGAGCUGUUAAGGGAACUAAACUCUGCAGAGAUUGCAAGAGAAACGGAGACGUCGACGUUGUUCAGGGCCGCCUCCCUGGCCACGACAUUGAUGGACCUGUACAUGAGGGCGGAAUGCGGCGGCUUCCUCCAGGCCGCCGUUCUGGAAACCGUCCUGCGAUUGCUGGAGAGCAAGCAGAGCGCUGAACUGAACCCGGCCAAGAUGGAAUCGCUGGACGACGCCUGCAGUAACGCCGAAUUUUUGCUCCAGAUUUUAGAUCAGGUCACCUUGAGUAUUUUCAUGUCGCCGGACGCCUGUCCCCGCUCCGUGCGCUACAUCUGCGGCUGCCUCCAGAAGGCCGUCGUUGGUAAAUGGCCGGACGAACGCUUCGUACGCACCCGCGUGGUCUCCGGCUUCAUAUUCCUUCGUCUUCUGUGCCCAGCCUUGUUGAACCCGCGCCAGUUCGGCCUGGUCAGCGAGCAACCUUCUCCGGCGGCCACCCGGAGCCUCGUCAUGGUGGCCAAGUGCCUGCAAAACCUGGCCAAUCUGGUGGAGUUCGGGGGCAAGGAGCCGUACAUGGAGGUGGUCAACCCUUUCAUUUUGAAGAACAAGGAGAGGAUGGUGGUGUUUUUGGAUCAACUGUCCAUGAUAGGGGACCCAGGGGAGCCCAGGAUAACCAGCAAACCGGACACUGCCAAGGAGCUGGCCACUCUACAUCACAUCUGCGUGGCGCACCUCACCCAGCUGCAGGCCGUGGCCAAAAUCAACCCGAACAUCAAGACUUUGGUCACGGUCACUGACAUGUUGGCGAAGCACAAGCAGAAAUACCUUGAAAUGAUCAGAUAAUAGUCGAUAGAGUAGAGUUGCAACUAAAGUCGUCGUACAGGGUAACAGUUACACAAACAAAAACCUAAGUCAUGGACAUAAUCUUUAGUUUAAGGCAAAACAUAUAUAUUUCUAGGGAUUCGUUUUAUUCUCACACACCUUUGUACGAUACCAAGUUGUGAACUUCAUACAUAUUCAUACUCAGGAGAGGAAACAUGUGAUGGCCAUACUACAGACAGAUUAAGGUUUCGGCGAGAACCGGAGCUGUUUUGAAAAAUACGUUCAUGUUGGUGUCCUAACCUAAAAAAAAAACCGUUUGACAGUUGUUUGUUUUGUUGCUAUGACGACCAACGUGGACGUACGGGCAAAACGUCUCUGCGAUAAACUAAUGAACACCAGUUUUAGUUGAGAAAUGUACAAGUUUAUUUUAGUUGACAUGGAGUUAAUUCCAUUGAUUGGUUUUUAAAAAUUCAUCAACUAGUCACCACAGUACAUUUGUAUACGUAAUCAAAAGUUUCAAAUACUCCUUUAAACCAUGAGUGGGAUUAAUUUUGUUUCAUUUAGAAUCAAAAGUAAUUUAAUCUAGACUGUAUUCCUUUCGUUAAAAGACUGUUCAAAAAAAGUAUCUCUAAGUCAGUAGGUAUCUCAUAACGGUAGAUUAUUUGUAAUAAUGCAUUAACAUUCAUUAUAGAUUUUUGUAUAGUAUAUUUUAUUUAUUAUUUUUCAUGCAUGGUGCAUCAUAAACUGUUCGCUUAGUUUGCACCAGUAAAAUUUGUAUACUACCCCGUAUUUUAUACAACUAUUUUUAUAAAAAGGUGCAUGUUUUUUAUCACAAACCGCUGAUGUUGUAUCAUUAAGUUAGAAAACCCUAAAAAAAUUUAAUGCACCUUCGUUCUCUAGUCACAUAGGACGAGAUUUGAUUUUAUUCGUUCAAUUGUGCACACAUUUAAUAGACAAUGUCUUAUAUUUGUGACAUGAAUAUAAAGUGUGGGUAAAUCAAAACAGUUAUUGCAACCUUUCGAGAGUUUAUUUGUUAACUGUGAUAUUUUGAACAAAUUUUUAAAAAUCUGGCACUAUUAAUGUUCAUGCACAUUUUUGUUCCGUUCCCCUCCUAAGUGCCAAAACAAUUGCUCGUUUGAUUUACCUGCAGCAUCCUCUUAAAUAUAUUUUAUUCUAAGCUUAUUAUGCACAGUUUGUAUUUGCUGUUGUUACGUUAAAAUUAUAAUUUGUUGUACUCAUAUGCUCAGAAAAAGGUUGCAUCUGUUAAAAAUUCAGCAACAGAGUUUAUAGUUUUAUACAUUCAUAUUAAAGCGAUUAUGCUUAUUUACCUUUGUAGAAAAUAUAUGUAACCAAGUAUAGUAGAGCUGUACACUAUUUCUUUUAUUAUAAAUCUGUACUUUUAUAUUAAAGACUUUAUUAAUUUUAA